CUGAUUAACGUCAUAUCCGUUCUUCCAUCGCCGUAGCGGGCGGCGUGCGCUAUCAGGAAUUGCACAAUAGGAAGGACAUCUCGGGAUCGACCCAGACUUGGCUGGGUGAUCCUGCCGGGGCCGUGGGUAGCUCCUCCUCGAUCGGGUUGUCUGGACCCGCUUUCCUCGAUAACGGCUGGUACCCUGCCGUGCCGUGCCUGCUCUGCUCUGCUCUGCGCAUCCAGGCGGGGCCGUGAACGUGAGCGUCACUCUUCCCUCCUCCCUACCGUCGAAAUUCAACGAGAACAACGUUACAGAAAGUGCUUCCAGCUUCGCGCCAAGAUGAGAGUCUCCAACUGUGCCCUGCUCUAUCCCCCCCCUCCCUCAAAACUCGGUUCUGACUGUCUCACAUUGUGGUACUCGACUGGGAACUGUGGCCUCUAAGGCAAUGACCCAGCCCACUGCGCAUGAAAGAGGAAUCCCAUCCGUCUUCAAUCCAACCCAAUCCAGCCGAGUCAUGGCGACAUUUUGGGUGACUACUCUUCCUCCACCCCUGAACCAAUGGGUCUCUCUCUACACGUGUAUCCGUACUAACCAUCCAUUCAUCCGUGGUCCAGGUUCAAGUUCAGAUCUAGGUCCUUCUCUCCUUGCCUCUUCGGUUCUCAGGCAGCAAGCCCGCUCUGCUCAUACAUCACAGCCAUCUGCAGUAAGGGACCGCACCACAUGGCGGCCAGAUAUGGUGAAUGCUCGACGUCGAUCCUGGUUUGCCAGCAUUCAGGAGCACGGGGGGACGGCUCGGUUCCAGAAAUACCUUGGAGGGCGGCAAAGCACGGGUACAGGCAUAUGCACACACCAGACACAAGAAGAAGAAAAGAGCAAAGACGUAUCGCCAACACAUUACAAACUCUGUCCAAAGAAGAAAGGGAAAAAAAAAAGAAAAGUAAAGGGGGGGAACCGAGGGUUGGGGGAGAUCAUACCUACGGUACACAGUACCACACACACCCCGGACAUUCGGCUGAAGGGGAGUCGGAAACGUGUCGAUCGUUGCGGAGAAACUUUCUGCUUUAGUCUCCCUGCUGUCGCGAUAUGUCACGCCCAAUGCCAAGAUCGUCUCAACUCACGCUUGGGGGUGGGGUUCAUUCGACUGGGGAGGGAAGUGGUCAAGUACCUACAAUGUACCGGGGGAACAACUCAAGCUCCUCCUCAGACCGCUCCAGCGGACCAAGGAUCCCUGCGAGGAGAGAUGAGAUGUCGAAACCCGAAUUUCUCGUGAAGCCUUUCUCGACGUCAACGUCAACGCCACCUGCCACUUGCCGCUCGAAUCAGAGCACCUGCUAAUCAAGUUCAAGACGGCUAGCCAGCACCAAACGUCCAGGUCCACG